AUGGUAUUUGAUUUUGUGUGCUUAAAUAUUUACGUGACUCCUUUUGUACCAGCGAAAGGAACUCUCAGUGAAGAUACCAUCAGCGUGUUUCUGCAUCAGAUUGCUGCUGCCAUGCGAAUUCUGCACAGCAAAGGAAUCAUCCACAGAGAUCUCAAACCACAGAACAUCUUGCUGUCCUAUGCCAGUCGCAGAAAAUCAAGCAUCAGUGGUAUUCGCAUCAAAAUAGCGGAUUUUGGUUUUGCUCGUUACCUACAUAGUAACAUGAUGGCUGCAACACUGUGUGGAUCCCCGAUGUACAUGGCUCCUGAGGUUAUUAUGUCUCAACAUUAUGAUGCUAAGGCUGACUUGUGGAGCAUAGGAACAGUGAUAUACCAAUGCCUAGUUGGAAAACCACCUUUUCAGGCCAAUAGUCCUCAAGACUUAAGGAUGUUUUAUGAAAAAAACAGGAGCUUAAUGCCUAGUUGA